AAAAUGUUCACAUUUAGAACAAUUUACAAAUUUACAAACAAAACAGUUGAUACAGAGGCUCUGUUAAAGAAACUCUAGACAAAAUCUUUAAUCACUUUAACAAGAGACAAUUAUUAAUUGAAUAUGGGUCUAAUGAUCCAAAGAGAUAUAAUAUUUCUUCAUUAUACAGAGGAGGAAAUGAAACUUAGAAAAUUCAGAUAUUAAUUAGGUAAUCAUUAAGGAUACAUGCUUAAUAGAAAAAAGAAACAAUUAUAUAGCAAAAUUGCCAAAAGAAUUGCAUGAGUACACUCAUUUUACGGGGGAUUAGAAUGUUUUUGGAGACGAUACACCAACCCAUGUAAGAUUGGUUGGGGAUGUCCGUACAGUAUUUUUAGAAAAUAGCAAAUUCUUUAAGCAUUGUGGUAUAAAUGUAAUUUAAUUCUUAGAUCCAAAUGAAAAAAAUAAUAAGCUGAUUUAAUACAAUUCUUUGCACACAGUAUACUUAUUGGUUAAAUAAAAUGGUAUAUGGGGUUUUCCAAAUAUCAAUAUUGAAGAGAAAGAAACUUUUUAGGAAACAUAAACAAAAUUAUUCGAAAAGAUGACAUAAAAUUCAUGGCAAGUAUUAAUAUAUUAUCAUUUAGGUAUACUACUUUAAUAGAGACCCAAGAUUAGUGACUGUUGAUCCUAAUCCUGAUGAAAAUGCAAAAAUUAAAGGAAUUAAAACAAUCUAUUUUUAAGCCAAACACUUACAAGGAAAAGUUUAGAUUUUUGGAUAUGAUGAUUGGGCUUGGGUUUCUAGACUGGAAAUGAAUAAAUAUCUAACAGAGAAUGCUUAUAACUAAGUUAUCCAUGCUUUAGAUUUGUGAGUUUAUAUUUUAAAGUAUAUUAAGA